GACACUGCGUUCUAUUUUUCCAAUAAUACCCAGUUGUUUGCAUGCCCUUGGUGGUGGUACCUGAGUUAGUAAACGGUCGGAACUGAUAUGAGCCCGCGAAGGUGUAGGAUAACGACGUUAGCUAACCCUCUUAAUUUUCUCUGCUGAUGAAGGUUCACUGGAUAGUGCUAUAUUUGAUGCGUUUCAUUGUUGAGAAUUGACGCAUUAGCAACACAAAAAUGUGCAGCGGCUUUCCCUUAUUUAGACUUUAGCCCAAAGGUGACUCGAACCGCCAAACUUGGACGACUAGGCUAAUUAACGUAAACGUUACCACUAGCCUCACAGCUAGUUUUUUGGUCAGGCUGUGAGCGUAGCUCAGCCUGCCAGCUCUGACAUUGCGGAACCUCGUCACUUCAGACCUGUGGAAUUCCCUCUUGUUUUGGAAAAGAAUAACAGGAUAUUGUUUCUGGUAACUGAAUCCUAAAGUUAGGAGGAUAUCUUUUCUGUUCCUGUAUGGUCAUCUGUUGUUUCCAACUGGGUUGAAGACAUUAAAUCUGGCAAUCCGAUUGAUCCAGAUGUAGAACUUAAUCACAACUUGUGUGACAUGUGACAAGGUUGAAGUCAGCGUUUCCUUUGCCAACAUUUUGGUUUGAUGUUCACCACCGGUCCCCCUGGUCUGAGGGACACGAGUAGACAGCUGUGGCUACAGACGUGACAAGAGUGCCUGGCAAUAUGACACCAGACGUCACAGGCUGAGGCGUGCUGGAAGUGCUAAGGCCAGUGGCUGCAGAGGUGCAGAGCACGUCACAAGGGUUUGGAUCACUGGACCACUCCUUUUUUUCCUCCCUCACCCCCUUUCCUCCUUUUUUUUGUUUAUUUUUAUUUUUAUUUUUGUUGGUUGGUGGUGAAGACAAAGGGGCUGAGGUAGCGAGUUAAGCCCCCCUGCAGAAGAGAGCCAGUGGUCCUGGACUGGUGGUGCAGAGUGGAUGAGCAGUGUUCGCUGCUGCAGCGCUCCCUCUUGACCCUGCACUAGACGCCACAGCACACACAGGCAGCCAUGAGCACAGCCAAGCCCAGCGGCCUCAAGGCCCCCAGCAAGAUUGGCAGGCCAGCCACCAGCGCAGCUGCAAAGACCGCCACAAGCACAGGAGCGGCAGCCAAACCCCCUGUCCCAGCGGCUGCGGCGGCCGCAGCUGCAGCAGCAGAGCCCCAGGAUGGAGCAGGUGGCGGCGAUGGCGACAACUUUGUGGUUGGCGACCGCGUGUGGGUGAAUGGCAACAAGCCCGGCGUGGUGCAGUUCCUGGGCGAGACGCAAUUUGCGCCGGGCCAGUGGGCGGGCAUCGUGCUGGACGAGCCCAUCGGCAAGAACGACGGCUCUGUGGCGGGCGUGCGCUACUUCCAGUGCGACGCACUGCGUGGCAUCUUCACGCGGCCCUCCAAGCUGUCGCGGACGGAGGGCGAGGCCAACGGCACGCUGACCGCCCCGGCGUCGCGGGCAUCCUCGCCAACGCCCUCGCAGACGGGCAUCCCUUGCACGCCGGCUGCCAAGAAGACGCCGCCGUCGGCAGCCGGUGCAGCAGCGGGGGUCUCCACACCGUCCAACCUCACACGUGCCAACAGCGAGUCCAUCUCCAACCUAUCAGAGACUGGAUCCGUGAAGAAAGGGGAGCGGGAGCUGAAGCAUGGGGACCGUGUUUUGGUGGGCGGGACCAAGGCAGGUGUGGUGCGGUUCCUGGGAGAGACGGACUUUGCCAAGGGGGAGUGGUGCGGUGUGGAGCUGGACGAGCCCCUGGGCAAGAACGAUGGAGCUGUGGCUGGCACCAGGUACUUCCAGUGCCAGCCCAAGUACGGGCUGUUUGCGCCCGUGCACAAGGUGACGCGCAUCGGCUUCCCGUCCACCACGCCGGCCAAGGCCAAGACUGCGGUGGCGGUGCGCAAGGUGCCGGCCACCACGCCCUCCGGCCCCCUGAAGCGCAGCCCCAGCGCCUCCUCCGUCAGCUCCAUGAGCUCCGUGGCCUCCUCUGUCAGCGCCAAGCCCAGCCGCACAGGCCUGCUGACGGAGACUUCGUCGCGGUACAAUCGUAAGAUCUCUGGCACGACGGCGCUGCAGGAGGCCCUGAAGGAGAAGCAGCAGCACAUCGAGCAGCUGCUGGCUGAGAGGGACCUGGAGAGGGCAGAGGUGGCCAAGGCAACCAGCCACGUGGGCGAGGUGGAGCAGGAGCUCACCAUCCUCCGGGAGGGGCAGGAGCAGUAUGUUGUGGACAUGGAGGCCAAGAUGGACCAUCUGCGCGUGCUGGUGGAGGCAGCGGACAGGGACAAGGUCGAGCUACUCAACCAGCUGGAGGAGGAGAAGAGGAAGGUGGAGGAUCUUCAGUUUCGUGUUGAAGAAGCAUGCAUUACAAAAGGAGACCUGGAGGUGGUCACGGUCUCUGAGCGCUCCAGGAUUAUGGAGCUGGAGCGGGACUUGAGUCUGCGAGACAAAGAGGUGGCGGCCCUGCGCCAGCACCUGGAGUCCGCCGCCUCGGGCGAGGGCAGCUCGGGCGCCGACCCGGCCGCCGGCGUGCUCCAGGAAGAGGUGGCGUCCCUCCGCGCCCAGCUGUCCUCCCAGGGCACCUCGCACCAGUCCGAGCUCCAGGACCUCCGCGAGCGGCUGGAGGCGGCGGAGCGGGCGCACGGCGACGCCCUGGCCCAGCUGCAGGCCUCCUCCAGCCGCCUCAGCAAGGACAACGAGCAGCUGCGCGCCCGUGUCACGCAGGCCGAGCAGGAGAACGCCGACGUCGUCGAGCUGUGGCGCUCCAAGCUGGCCUCGGCCAUGGCCUCGCACCAGCAGGCCAUGGAGGAGCUGCGCGCCACCUCGGAGAAGGGCGCCGGCGGGGCGCAGGCCGGCGAGCUGGUGGAGCUCCGCGGCGCCCUGGAGAGGCUGAAGGUCGAGCACAAGCUGGCACUGGAGGAGGCGGCGGCGCAGCGCGAGGCGGAGGCAGCGGCCCGGGCGAAGGAGGCGGAGGAGCUGAAGGCUCGGCUGCUGGGCCUGACGGAGGAGAAGGAGCGCCUGGAGGAGACGCUGCGCACCAGCGUGGAGAGCGCCGAGGAGCAGCACCUGGUGGAGAUGGAGGAGCAGCUGGGCAAGCUGACCACGGCCGAGCUCAGGGUAAAGGAGCUGGAGGAGGAGAGGGCUCAGCUUGGGCAGCAGGCGGAGGUUAAGGCCACGGAGGCCAAGGAGCUGACUGCCUCGCUCGAGGCGCUCCGCUCCCAGCAGACACAAGGUAACCAGGACAUGCAGGGCAUCCGAGCCCGGCUGGAGGAGGCCGAGGGCAAGGCACGUUCUCAGGAGAGCAAGAUGAGCGAGCUGAGUUCACAGCUGGAGGUCCGACAGCAGGAGCUGGCUAGUGCACAGCAGAGCCUGCUCUCCCUGCAGCAGGAGAAGAGCUCUGUGGACCAGGAGCUGAGUAGCAUGAAACAAAAGCUGGUGGAAUCCUCUGGCGAUCAAGCUAAAUCAGCACAAACUAUGCAAGAGUUGCAGGAGAAGCUGAGCAGUAAAGAGGAACUCUGCACAUCUCUCAUUACUGACUCAGAAGCACUUAAAUCCCAAGUGGCCGGACUGGAGAGAAAGCUAAAGGCAGGUGAUGAGAAGCUGGACCAACUGAAUAAGGACAAAGCCAAACUGGAGAAUGACAUCAGCCAGAUGAUUACCUCAUCGGGAGACAGCUCUGCCCAGCUGACCAAGAUGAAUGAGGAUCUCAAUCAGAAGGAGAGGCGUCUGGAGGAGCUGCAGAGCCAGCUGACGGAGCAGAGGGAGCGGGUGGCCCGGACCGAGGAGACCAGGAGACAGGAGCAGGCCAAGGCUGAGCAGGAGCUGACCGACACCACGGAGAAGCACCAGGGAGAGGUGGCCAGUCUUCAGGAGAAGAUCACUCAGCUGGAGAAGAAUGCCCUGGAAGCCGAGUCCAAGGCCCAGAAGAGCAAGGCCUCUGGGGACAAGGCUUUAGCAAAAGCCUCAGAGCUCCACACCAAAGAGCUGGAGGAGCUCCGUCGUCUGGCAGAGGUUACAAAGAAAGACCUCAGCACCUCGACAGAUAAAAACAAAGAUCUGGAAAAGCAGGUGGCGGAGUUGCUUGUUUACAAAGAGCAGGCACAGUCUCUCAAUGCUGACUUGACCUCCUCUAGGCAGGAGUCAGAGCAGCUCUCUGCAGAGCUUGUAAGUGUCAGGGAUGCAUCCCAGCGUCUUACAGAGGAGAGGUCAGAUUUGCAGGCUCAGACACACACCAUAAAGAAACAGCUCUCGGAUUCUCUGGAGAAGUUCUCCUCUUUAGAGGUGUCUCACAAGCAGCUCUCUGCACAGUUUGACGAUCUGAAUGUGCUUAAAGAAAAGCUGCUCAAUGAAAAUAAAGAACUCCUUUCUGGACAAUCCUCCCUAGACAAAGAAAAAAGUAUGAUCACAGCAGAAAAGGGGAAACUGUCUCAACAGCUCCAAGAACUUAAUGUCACAUUGGAAAAGUUAAAGAAUGAAAACAUGGGUCUGAAAGACUUAGAAACCAAGCACCUGGCAGAAAUUACGGAAUUGGAGAAGGUUAAUGCUGAGAAGCAGGAAGUUCUUCAGAAAUACCAGGAGGAUCUGAAGCGGCAGGAUGACGACAAGAAUCAGCUGACCCAGGACCUUGAGAAGGCCCGUAGUGACAGGGAUAAAAUCAAAGGGGAAUUGACCAAGAGUCAUAAAGAUCUGAAGGGAUUAAGGGAAAGUUUAGACAAGGAGCAAAAUAAACUUGGCAAAGAGAAAAGUGCUCUAGAUGCAAAAAAUGCGGAAUUACAAUCGAUGCUUCUGUCCCUUACAUCUGAAAAAGAUGACCUUUGUGCUCAAAAUGCCCAGCUGCAAGCUGAAAAAGACGGUUUACAUGAAGAAAAGAGCAAAAUCUCUGCCCAGCUGAAUGCUGCUGUGUCAGAAAAAGAUACCCUUGUUGCUGAAAAAUUAGAACUGCAGAGUAAGUUUAAAACUGUAAACAAAGAUCUUGAUAAGGCUAAACGCAACAUCACAGAGCUGGAGUCUUCCAAGACCAGCCUAACCAAAAUGCUGGAUGAAAUCAAAAUGAGCAGUGAGGUGACUGACUGUGAGAAGCUUAAGCUGUUGCAAGAAAAGGAGGACUUGCUUGACAAACUGAGAACUGUGUGCUCUGAGAAGGAAGAACUUGAAAAAGAGAAAUCCGAGCUUACAGAGAAGCUAUGCCACUCUACAGAUGAAGUUAAGGUAGCAAAUGAGAAGAUACAGCAUGAAACGCAGACAUUUACUCAAGAGAAGGAGACUCUACAUGCCAAAGUCUCGGAGCUGGAGAAGGCUCUUAAAUCCUUAAAGAAGGAGAAGAAGGGUUUAGAAUCUUCUUUGGGGAAGCAAAAGAUUGAGACGGAGCGUCUAGAAAAGCUGAAAGACGAGUUAGUUGAGAAGCAUGAAAGGGAGGCAUCAGAAAAAUCAUCCAUAACAGCUGAAAGGAAUCAACUUUCAGAAGAACUCUGUAAAAUAAAAGACGAUCUUGACAAUUCCUCCACGGAGUGUGCUAACUUGGUGAAAGAAAAGGCCAAUCUUGUCUCUGAGUUAGAGGAAACAAAGCAGAAGAAAAAUGAAUUCGAUAAACAGAAAACCACUCUCUCCCAAGAAAAGGCAAACUUGGAAAAACAGUUGCAAAAACUUCGCUCAGAGAUUGAUUCUGUUAGUAAGGCUAAAGAUCAGCUCACUGAUGAGCUUAGCAAAGUGAAGGUUAACACGGAAAGCUUGCAGGAAGACCUUGACCAUCAGAGAAAGGCUUUGACAGACGAACGGGAUGCUCUUCUGUCCCAAAAAGCAGAUUUGUCUAAGACUCUGGAGCAGCUUCAAAAAGACAAAGAGAGCCUGAACCAACAAAUUCAAGAGCUUUCAUGUGAAAAGAAGUCUCUUUCAGAGUCAAAUAGCCUACUUGAAGAGCAACAGCAAAACCUGACCAAAGAAAAGAAUGAACUCUGUAGUACCAAAGCCAACCUUGACAAAAAAGUUGAGCAGCUUGAGAAACAGCUUGCCAGUUUAUCUCAAGAGAAAAACACUCUUCAGCAAUCAGAAUCCAAACUUAAGACUCAAAUGUCAUCUUCCCAAGCUGAACUGAAAUCCCUUACCACCGAAAAGCAGAAUUUGUUGAGCCAGUACGAACAGCUGAAGAGCUCUCAUGAAAAGGUAGUCUCUGAGAUGCAGAUCUUAAAGGAUGAAAAGACAGAAAUUGAAACCAAAGUGGAGGAACUUAACCAGAAAGCCAUGUCUGGUGAUCAAGCAGUGGAUGACAUAUCUACAAAUCUGAAGAAAGCUUUGGAAGAGAAGAAAGCUUUGGCUAAAGAAGUCAAAAACAUUAAGGCUCAGCAAAAACAAAGCGAUCAGGUGAGAACAGACAUGGCAGUAGAGAAAGAACUCCUCUCUGGUAAACUGGAAGACCUUCAAAGAGAGGCAGCUGCCUUGACCAAGGAGAGAGCUGAUCUCCAGGUGUCUCGUGCCAACCUUGAAAAAGAGGUCUUGUCCCUGCGCCAGACUCAGGCAACAAGUGAGAAGGAACAUUUGGAGCUCACAAAUAGGUUAAAAGAACUUCAGGCCUCACAUUCUCAGGUCGAGGCAGAUGCUCAGAAGCUCCGUGCCUCACUGGCCGUGUUGGAACAAAAGCAACAGUCAUCAUCUGAACAGGCUUCCUCACUCUCCAAAGCCCAGGCCGAAGCCGCAUCAUCUCUCAACAAGGUGCAGACUGAGAAGGAGAUCUUGCUCAAGGAGAAAGAGGAGGCCAUCCACAAAAUUGCACAGCUUGAGGCUCAGUGUAAAAGCUCACUUGCAAAACAGCUUGAGGCUGCGGAGAGCGCCGGGCAGACAGCUGAAGCACUGGAGCGGCUGGCUCAGGAGAAGGCUGGACUGCAGCAGGAGAAGACUGAGGCUCAGACCCUGGUGGAGGAGCUGAAGGCCUCCCAGCAGAAGCUACAGAGUCAGCUGGAGGAGGUGACAAAGCAGAGCUCGUCCCACCAGGCCGAGCUGGCCAAAUCCAAAAAGCAACUGAGUGCUGAAAACCAAAGGACCAGCGGCCUGUCCAAAGAGAUUGAGCAGCUGAAGGUGGUGGUGUCUGAGCAGGCGGGCCGGCUGGAGUCUCUGGAGAAGGAGAAGGCCUCCCUGUCUGAGGAGCUGGCCAGUAAACACAAGGACACCAGCGGCCAGGGCAAGAAGCUGGAAGAACAGUGUGCCACUCUAACCAAACAGGUGAAGGAGAUGAAGAAGAGGGAGGGUUCAAUCAAGAAGCAAUCAGAGGAGGAGAAAGCUGCGCUCCAACAAUCGGUCACACAAAGCAGUGCCUUGGUCUCCGAACGAGACAAGGAGCUGCAGAAGCUGAAAGAAGAGAUGACAGAACUGCGCAAGGAGAGUUCAGCAGCCAAGAAGCUGGAGCUGACUGUGCAGUUGCUGGAGUCUGAGAAGUCGCGGUUGCAGGAGCGUAUCUCCACCCUGGAGAGUCGGGCAGCUGCGUCAGGGAGCGGAGAGGUGACGUCUACGACGAGCCUAGGUGACUCUGACAUGGACACGGCGAGAGAGGACAAGGAGAUGGCUGACAGUCAGAUUGAGUUCCUGAACUCGGUCAUCGUGGAUCUGCAACGCAAGAACCAGGAGCUCAAGUCUCAGCUGGAGAAGAUGGCAGAGGCGGCUCUGAACGGGAACAACGCCAAUGAGCUGGACAACUACGACAGUCUGGCCGAGGGACCGGUGAAGAAGAAAGUCCCACCGCGCCUCUUCUGUGACAUCUGCGACUGCUUCGACCUCCACGACACCGAGGACUGCCCCACGCAAGAGCAGAUGCCCGACUCGCCGCCCCACACGGCCUACCACGGCAGCCGGCAGGACGAGCGGCCCUACUGCGACAUCUGCGAGGCGUUCGGCCACUGGACGGAGUCCUGCAACGACGACCAGACCUUCUAGAAACAUCUAGGGAGCCUCUCCAUGCCUGGCCUGGCCUGGCCUGGCCUCGCCUCAACUCACCUCAACACUCUUCAGAGGCUUUUCUUCACAUCACCUGCUGCUCUCUUUAUUUAUUUAUUUCACAUUCUCUCUCUAUUUCUCUCUCUAUUUCUCUCUCUAUUUCUCUCUCUCUCUCUCUCUCUCUCUCUCUCUCUCUCUCUCUCUCUUUCUCUCUCUGCUGCUCACUCUUCUAACUCUCUGUCUCUAUUUAUCUUUCUCUGCACAAAACAGCCUGCAAUAAGUGCAAAAACAAGAGUGUUGCUGUGUGAAUACUCUGUGUCUGAACACAAGAGUGUGUGUGUGUGUGUGCAUGUGUGUGUGCCUGUACAAUGAAUGAGUGUGUCUUGAAUAAGUUCACUGUUCUCAUGCACACGAUGCCCCAAAGCGCUCUUACUGUGGGAAAACCUCUGUAGAAUCAAGUCAGUCAGCUUAUAGUGGUAACCCACUGCACAUGCCCUCCCAGAGUGUUUUUGCAAGGUGGAUGAAGGUGAUAUUCUUUAUAUCACUUCAAAAAAGUGCUCAAGAUUUCUUUUGGACUAAGUGAUUUAAUAUAAAAAAGAAAGAAGAAAAACUUGUACAAUUCUUUGAAUUGGACUGACAUUUGUUUUCUUUUGAUACAUUUAAUAUGGACUCGCACAGUUUUGUGUGCAUGUGCACAAGGAAGGAUGUUUCCUUACCAGUUACGGUUAUAAUAUCGAUGUGGAUUGAUGGAUGGAUGGAUGGUGGUGUUGGUGGCUUGCUUUAAGUGGGGUAUGGAGUUCAGUCUCCAUGGGCUCUUCAAGGUAUCUCAGUACCAAAGAGCCACGAUGAGGAGGACGCCAUUUAUAUCCUAUAACGCACUGCACACUUUACUCCUAUCAUUGUGUCCUCGCGCGCAAAAGGACCUUGGUUUCCCUCUCUGAAAAUGCCUUUCUGUGAACAAAAGAAAUUAACAUGAUCAUUUACCACAAGGAUAAACUAUUUGAGAAAAAAAGGAAGGUUUUUGUGCCUUCCUAUAUUACGUCAUUUUUUUCUUUGUCCUUUAACAUGUUAUAUAUCUGUACAAAUCUAAAAUAAAAAAAUAAAUAUGUUUCAAUGAUGUUAUCUCCUGGAUUAACUGUAAAGAUGACUUUUGUAAUUAUCCCUUUUUAAGUGAGGAGAAAGAUUUUGACAAAGCAAGGAAAACUUUUCUUUUACGUAUUGAUGGAGUUGUCCAAGAUGUUUUUGUCUGAUAUGCUGUUGAAUGUAUGUAUGACAAGCACUUGGAAAGAAUGUCAGUGAAAAGAUUUUUUCGCGCAGACUUUUUAUCCUUAAUAAAGACAGGUGAAGUUUGUUACAUUG